AUGGGCGGGAAGACGAAGAGUCUCUCGAGUGAUUCCAGAGAUGCAUACAAACUGGGUUCCUCCUCGGAAGAGCUGUUCUUCCUGCUCUUUUGCUUCUUCAAGGACAUGCACGACAUUCAAACCUACCUUUCAGGAGUAUGGACCGGUUAUAAGGAUGAUCAGAUAUCUUUGACGAGCGCCGCUGCAACUACCGACUUGGCGUUUGAUGUCAUCAAGCAAAAGGAAGCCGAACUGCUUCAAUCCGAGUGGACCGACAGUACUAAUGGAAGCCAUACGAUGAAAGAGGUGAGAGCUGCUGGCGAUCGUGAUGUAGAUUGA